AUGCUGCGUUUGUUCAUAGUUUUAUACUUUGCUGGAAAGUGUCUAUCUGGAGUAGAGAUUCAAAGGAGUGUACUUCUGGAGGACGUAGCUGUGUUUGAAGCAGAUGGGCAGCUGGCAGUAUAUAGCCUGAGUGCGCGCAAAGUAAUUGAGAAAAUUGCCAUGCCUCUCCAUAGGUUUAGCACUGUGCACAAUAGAAUUACAAACAUGCAGGCGCACAGAGAAUCCUCUGGUAAUGAAGAAGCAAGUGGUCUGAACACAUCAAGCAAUCACUUGCAAAAUGCAGCUAUUGAUCCGUCUAUGUACAGCAAUGUGCAUCUGGAGAGUCUAGGUGUCCAGAAGAGCACAAAUAUCUACACUAUACAGGAGAGACAAGGCAACACAGAUAUUGUUCCCUGUGCUGCACCUACAAGGACUGCAAAUUCUGCAAUAAUAGUGCCUGGAGGAAUAGUUGCCUCCAAGGAGAAACGAAUUGGUGUUGAAUAUAUUAGAUCAUGUGUUGGGGUAAUUGUAUGCGUGUAUAAUGAGACUGUAACAAAGGUCUUUAAAAAGAACGGCAUGCUGGAGUAUAUAGACAGAGAACUUACAACCAUUCUGAAUGCAACUGUGGUAACCAGAAGCUCUCUGCACAUAAAGGCACUGGAAGAUCUGCAGUGCAAAUAUAACACGCAUAUAUACCUACUGAAGGAGAUAGACAAUAUGUACUACUUCUCAAAAGUAAGCAUAUCAGAAAUAGCCGAAGUGCACAAGACAUUUAUUAAUAUUGCUUUAAACUGGGUGCUCUGCUUCUGUCUCUUCAUUGGUGGGCUCUUCCUGGUGAUUCCUGUGGGUAUCCGGAUCUUCGGGCAUAGAGACAAGUCAAUUACGAUAUUUAAGGGCCCCAGGCCGCACGACAAACUGCAUCCUGGCAUGCUAUUUGGAACGAAGAAAGUGCUUGUAAGGAUAUUCAGAAAAAGCAGGAAAGAGGAGAGAGAUGAACACCGGAAUAUUGCACUUUUGAAUGAAAUUCAGAGUACAUGCUUGUACGCAGAGGAGACACGUGAGCACUUUUUUAUGGUAUAUCCAAGGGAUAUGCAGCCUUUGUGCGAGCUUGUAAAAAACACGCUAGACCUAACAGAUUUAAUAUUCAAUCUGCACAGGUAUAUGGGUGAUUUGCAUAGAAGGGGCAUUGGGCAGAUAGACCUAACCAUGCACAAUAUCUUCAUCACACCAUCCAAUACCCUUCUUCUUUUGGGAGUUGCUAAAAUGGCUGUCGUCCAGGAAACAUGGAAAUUCGAAAAAACAGCACAGAAUAGUAAGUUAGAGAAAGCUCAUGAAGAAGAAGUGCUAGAGGAAAAUACGAUGGAAAGAUGCAUCGCUGCAGACUAUUUUGCGCUUAGUAGGCUAUGCUACAAUAUCUAUGUUACCAGUAAGUGGAAUGAGUGCUGUGCAGGAAACUACCACCAGAAAGAGUUUUCUGAAGCACUGCCGGAUAUUCUUCUGUAUGACUAUAGGAAGUACCCAAAGUUUAUCAUGGAUGCAAACAGCAAAUAUAGAAUAGAGCUGUUUGACUGGAUGGCCACAUUAUGCACAAAUACAACAGUGCAGUCACCAGUUCCACAUCCAAUAUUCUGGACGCACACGCAGUCUCUGGAGUUUCUUUCUCUUUUCAGUGAUUUUGUGUUUGACCACCCAGCCAUGCUGGUUCUGGAGACAAGCAAAAUUGGCCUCACCAUCACAGCAGACAUGUCCAACUGGGAUGUGUACAUAGACAUAGACCUUUUAAACCACCUGACACGAAACGGGAAGUACUAUUACAACACAAAGGUCCUUCGAGACCUUCUGAGACUCAUUCGGAACAAUGGAAGGCACUUCCAGUCGAUUCCUGCUGAGGGCCGAGAAUACUUUGAAGACAAAGUCUCAAUUUUUCUGUCGUUUUUCCUAAAGAAAUUCGCAUAUAUUAUUCUACUUAUUUAUUAUACGGCAGAGGAGUAUGGCCUACUUCAUGAAAAAAUUUUUGUAGAAAUCUUCCAACCGCAAUGA